CUUCCGGUUAUGUGUGACGGCAGAAGAGGCAGAUGAUGAUUGUGUGUGUUGUCUAGUGUGUACCCGUGUGACUUUCUUAAGUCACAAAGGCGACGUUGUAACCUCCAAUGUGACAGUUACAAUAAAGAAAAGUCCCAUAUUUUAACUCAUGCAUGAAACAUUCCCAUUUGGAUAAAAGAUUAAAUCGAAAUAUAAAUUAAAAUUUAAAUCCUUUCUGCCAUGGAUUCGACAAAUAAAGGGCCUAGUCUUUAUGAAUUCCUGAUGGAGGCCGAAUUAUCUCAUUAUUACAAUUCGUUAAAAACAGAUUUAAAAGUGAAUAGCAUAUCUCAGUUGAAGUACGUCGAGGAAGAAGACCUGUUACAGUUGGGUAUGAGCAAACCCGAGCAGAGGCGAUUACGUAAAUUUUUUCACAAAUAUUAUCCUCCUACUUACUUGAAGAAGAUAAAGAAGAUGAUUCUGCCAAAGUUUAAAGAGGAUCUGGACAGCUCUUCCAUAUUGUUAGUUGAUUCGAACAUUGAUAAAAACGUAAGAGUUCCGAGCAAGCAUAUAAUAUCUGCCGAUAGCAUCGUAAUUAAUAAGGAAUUGGGCGUUGGAGAAUUCGGAGUCGUAGAACAGGGUGUUUGGACUAACGAAGAAGGGGAAAGGAUACAAGUGGCUAUUAAAUGUCUUAGCAAGGAAAGAAUUCAGAAUAGUCACAUGGAGUUUUUAAAGGAAGCAGCCAUCAUGCAUACAAUUGACCAUGAACAUAUCGUUAGAUUGUACGGCGUGGUUCUAGAUACAAAAGCAUUGAUGUUGGUUACAGAACUAGCACCUUUGAGAUCGUUACUCGAAUGCUUGAAAGAACCAGCAUUAAGGCCCAGUUUCCCGAUUAUUUCUCUCUGUGAUUUUGCUUUUCAAAUAUGCGACGGAAUGCAAUAUCUAGAAAGCAAACGCCUCAUUCAUAGGGAUCUUGCUGCUCGAAAUAUUUUAGUUUUUGCUAAAAAUAAGGUUAAAAUUAGUGAUUUUGGUCUGUCAAGAGCAUUAGGAGUCGGAAAGGAUUAUUAUCAAACAAAUUUUAAUGUGAAUCUCAAAUUACCAAUUGCAUGGUGUGCACCAGAGUGCAUCAAUUAUUUAAGGUUUACUUCGUCUAGUGAUGUUUGGGCUUAUGGCGUGACGUUAUGGGAAAUGUUCAGUUACGGAUUUCAACCAUGGGCUGCAUUAACGGGUCAGCAGAUUUUAGAAGCUAUUGACGAACCUAAUUUUCAAAGACUCGAACAGCCAGAAUAUUGUCCUAAAGAUUACUACACUCUUAUGCUGAAGUGCUGGCAGCACGAUCCAAACAAACGUCCGAAAUUUGUCGACAUUCUUAACUCUCUACCAGAAUGCAAACCAGAACAAGUUCAAGCUGUGAAGGAUUACAUUGGUUUCCCAACAAGUCUGAAACUUAAAGACUGGUUGAGUUAUAAAGUUGGAGAUGUUAUCACUGUUUUAGAUAAGAAACCUAAUGCAGAGAACCCUCAGUUAUGGAAAGGAAUCCUCAAUAAUGGCAAAACUGGACUGUUUAAUCCAGCUAAUACCGUAGCUUAUUUAGGACAAAAUUUGCCGACGAAUCGUCCAAGUUUUACGAGGGCAGACGGUAAAAUUAGUAUUUAUGCCAGUAGAAGAAGAUUAUGUCCGGAAAUGAUAUCGCGACCGCAAGGAGAUUUAAGGCAUACGGGACACGUAGGAUUGGACGGUGCAUUUUUUGGCGACGUUUCGUUUCUUGGCGACAAGUAUCAACAAUUACCAAGACAAGUUGUUGCACCUUAUAAACCUCAUGAAGAUAAAGAGCAGAGUACUACUUGUUUGUCUAGAAACACUUCGGAAAUCUCAGAUCGAACUCCUCUGUUAAAUAAAUCAAAUUCAAUAACAGAUAAUAGAAAUGGAUUACCAACAGAAGUAUGGACAGAUGUAAAACAAGAAAUGAUUAAAGACGAGUGUCCUUUAGUUAAAAAUGAAACAUUUGUCUGUAAACCACCGCCACCUAAUUACGAACCGGAAAUACUUCUUCCGACUAGAAGAGAGAGAACGGAAACGUAUAAUAAAAAUUUUGAUUCGUGCAUGAAUUUUAAGAGUAAAGACGAAGAAGUUAUCAAUAAAGAUACAAAGAAGAAGCAUAAACAUGGCGAUUCUUUGAAGCAUGGUCCCGAUCAUGAAUAUCACGAAAUAAGUGACGAGGAACUAGUCGCAUCAGUCGAAAGUCCUCGAUUUGAGAUGUUAGAUUUUGGGCCAUCUUUAAUGGAUGAGGUGUUUAAGGCAUUGGCGUCAAACAAACAAGAUACGGAAGUUGAUGAACAACAUUCUGCAGAAAAUAACAACAAUGUAAAGAAUGAAAUAAAAGAAAUUACAUCAAAACUAAUUGGAAGAGAAGGCAGUAGAAAGAAACAGAUUAUGGUAAAGCCCAUAUCUGCUACAGAUCAGCAUACGUUAGAUUCAGCUAUCGCAAUGGCUAAAGAACUUGCCAGCAAAAGUAUGUUGGAACUUGAAUAUAAAUCUGAUUCAGAUGUUGCGUUAGAAAGCCCCAAAACUCCGACUUCGCCGACAAAACGAAAGUUCUCUUUUAAAUUCAAAACAAGCCCGAAACCUGAAAGAAGAAAUUUCAGUGAAGAGGCAGAAUCCAUACUUGAUAUCAAUGAUAUUAUUAGUAAGGAAGCUAAAGAGGCUUAUAAUAGUUUAGUUGACAAAGGGCAAGGAUUAGAACGAAGCUUAUCUCACCCUGUUCCUUCGCAUAAUUCUUCAUAUCAAAAUUCUAAUCUGUAUGGACAUCGUAACAAUUUACAGAGUGGAAUAGAUACAGUGGAUUCUGAGCACGAUGCAUUGAAUUCAAAUCCACUUAGAAUGUUACGGAUGGGUGGGCCUGUUCGACCGAAAGUUCGAGGUAAUAAACGUAGUACAAAACAUGCCGCUAAUACUCAUCGCGAAAUUGAAAAUACUCAUUCGGCAAACCCUGUUUUGAUGUCAAACGAACGUUUCUCGGAUGUCAAUAAUGACAAUGAAAGGAACGAAAUGGAAGCAACAAAAAUUUAUCAGUCAAAAUCUAGUUCUCUGAAUGCUACGUCACAGGAUAGUUGCAAUAAUAAUGAUAACAAUAAUAAUGAAGACAGCAAUGAAUGUUACCAGAAUCCUCUUCCUCUUCCACCUCGAGAUAGAACAAGACCACCGCCGGUUUUAAAAUGUCAUCAACGUAAAUAUCCGCUAGUUAUUCCAGCAAGUAACGAUAUCAGUGAGAUUGUAACUGUUAAACAUUCAACUAAUAUUGAAUUGGGUUUGCAUGGAUCUUUAGGUCAGCCAGUUCCAUCAGAAAAUAAAGUAAUGAAUGACGACGAAAAUAUUCAAAAAGUCGACACUUUUGACGGAUUACAAACUACAUUUCCGACAGAAAAUUGCAUUCCUCCUCCCAAACCAGCAAGAACUUGCAGUUUGAAUGACUCUUUUGAGAGUCAAAUUCAAGCAGUAGUCGAUAGUUUGGACGAUAUUCCAGAAGAGAGUGCACCUUCUCCACCUAUUUACAAUAGUAGCGAUCACGUUAGUUGCGAAGAUCUCUUAGAAUUUGCUAUGGAUAAACCAAAUUCUAAAAGAACUCAAGGUCGAGCUAGAGGAAUAGAUUCGGAUGAAGUACGAAUAAUGCAAAAAGUACUCGCGAAAGAAUCAAUAACUCCUGAAGAUUGCCUCUUUGCACUAAACGAUACCGAUUGGAACAUUCAUAACGCCAUCAAACUUGCCCGUUUGCUCCGUAUUUUAAAUACCUACAAUAUUAAUAUAGAAAAUAGCAAAAACAUACUACUUCAAUGCGACUGGAACGUACAGCAGGCAGUUUCUUGCAUUCUGGCUACGCACGGUAGUAUCGAAGACACGACAGAAGUCUAGGAACGACGAAUGAAUUCGCAUUAACCGAACAUAUUAAAUAGUGUUCGUUUGCACUUUGCAAACCACACAAAAAUUACUAACUUUUUAAAAAGCGCAAACAAAUUAUUGAUAUUUAUUUCGUUGAUUUUUGUGUUUUUUUAACUGGACAAUAUUUUAAUGUUACAAAAGUUUUGUAAACAUACAUAUUAAGUGCCUUGACGUAUUCCCAACGGUUUAUGCAAAUGCAAAGUAUAUUUAAUUUCCGACAAAAGUACGCAAACAAGUUUCUGCCAUAAUAUUUUGAAGUUAAUUUCUUUGUUACUGUUGACGUUUCAGUUUCUUUUAAUGUGAAAUUGUUUUUUUGUCAUCGACUCAUUUGCAUUUUUACUUUUGUAAUGACACUAGAAACUCUUGCGACUGUUUUUAUCGAGUGUUGUGCCAAAAGUUUGUGUACUACGACUGCCAAUGGUUCCAUUCGGAAAGUACCUCGACUUAAGAUUCCACGAUCAAAAUUAACAUUGUCGCUUGCACAUUUAUUUUUUUGUCUUUUGUAAUAUAUAGUUUAUGUGUAUAUACAUAUUUAUGUGUCGCAGAUAUUGGGAUCAGUUAACUUUAUUAAGUAUUAUUCCUUAUUUAAUUCAUAGUCUGUAUUAAUGUAAAUGUGUAUGUUUUGUAGAAAAGUUUGUAUACUCUUGUAGAAAAAAAAGGCAAGAAAUUUUGUUUUUCUUUCGAUGUGUGAUUUGGAAAUUUCUAGUUUAAUGAUUUAAUGUGUAAAGCAUUAAAUUUUAUACUCUGUGAAUGAAAAUGUAGAUAACAUCUGAAUGUAUAUAUGGAAUAAGUGCCUUAACCAUGCCAGUGUGAUUAACAUGUGUAUAUAGCAUUAGUACAAAUUUUAUAACUAAUGUGGUAUUUUUUAAUACUGGGAUUUGUUUUAUAACAAAACUUUUUUGUAGAUAGGAUUGUUUAUACGAAUAAAUUACCCUUUUUCUAA